AAUGAAUACAAAUGAGAUUAUAUAUUAGUAGUAACAGGAAUAAUAAGAAAGAUAACCAAAUCUUUUUGAGAGAUUAUGUUCUUGCAUUUAUUUUUUUAGAAAGAAAACGCAUAAAACUAAUGAAAAGUAUUAACUGGGAAUAGAUACACCUAAAUCACAUGUAUUAUUGAAAAAUAUAUAUAUGAGAGCAGAAAAAUUUGUGUUUUAGAUUUAGAUGAAACAUUAGUACACAGUUAAUUUAAACCAGAUAAUGGUUUUGAUUUUUCAUUAGAUGUAUUAUUAUCUAAUAUUAUAGAUCAUAGUGUAAAGUUAAUUGUUUAAAGUGUAUGUAGCUGUAAGACCUGGAGUUGAAAAUUUUAUUGAUACUUUAAGUGAAUACUUUGAGGUUAUAAUGUGGACCGCUAGUUUAAAAGAAUAUGCAGAUCCUGUUAUGGACAUUAUAGAUCCAUCAAGAAGAGCAUUAACAAGAUUAUACAGAGAUAGUUGUACUUAAAUUUAAGGAGGUUUAACUAAAAAUUUGAAUAAAUUAGGAAGAAGUUUAAAAGAUGUUUUAAUUAUCGAUGUAAGAAUUUAAUUUAUUUUUUAUAGAACUCUCAAAUGUCAUUUAUUUUUUAACCAGAAAAUGGAUUUUUGAUUAAAGACUUCACUUCAGACAAAAAUGACAAUGUACUUGAAUCUCUUCUACCCUUUCUAAUUUGGUUAAGUUAGGUAUAUUAUAUAUUUUAUUAAAAAUUAAGUAAAAUGAUGUACGCCCAGUUUCUUAAUUAUAUUAAUAAUUUCUAAUGAAUGAAUUGACUUAAAGAAAACCUCAAAAAAAAAAUUUAUUAUCUUAAUCUAUGAUUUUAAAUAAUUAGAGUCCUAAUAAAAAAUCUGAUGUUUAAUAAGCACAAAGAACUCACACUGUUAAUCAUUGUGAUGUAGAAGAAAUUGAAUUAAGAGCUGAAGCUAACUUAAAUUCACCUAAUAUUGAAAUUAAAUUAGAAGAUUAGACAGAUGAUGAAAGUCGUGAAACAUUUGAAAUUAGUAAUUGUUGA